AUGCCUCCGAAGGCAGUCCCAGCCGACUCAACCACUGUAGUCAAUUCAGAAACCGCAGAUGUCACCUCUUCCGACGUCUGUGGCUUUGUUUGUGGUGACACCGUGGUCGCAGCACGCGACCUCCGUGUCCGCGGCAAAGUAGUAGUUCGACAAGGAGGUAGUGGAUAUGUGGUUGGACCGGCUUCGUCCUCGGGGCGAAUCUGCGUACAGUUCGAGCAGCGGGAAGACCAAAGCGACAACCGCCUCAACUGUCUGCCAGAUGAGCUCAGGCACACGCUGGCGGGAGGUUACCUGGCUGGGACCCGAGUCCGCUGCAACAAAGCCUUAGAUGCGCCGAGCAGGGUGGUGAUCCCUGCAGGGACUUCAGGCGUCGUCGUGGGCCCGGCACGCGACUCACAGUUCCAGCGCCUGCUGGUGCGCUUUGCGCUCCAUGGCCAUGAGCAUGUCGAGGAGGUCGCCUGCGAUCCAGUGGACAUCGAGACCAACAUUCCCGGCAAUUUCCGCCGUGGCAACGCCAUCGUUGCGACGAGGGACCUCCGGGUAGGUGGGCAAGUGGUGGUGCGGGAAGGAGUGCUUGGAACUGUGGUGGGACCGAGCACAUCGGACUCGCAGCACCGUGUUACGGUUUCCUUUAGCCACAGAGAAGAUGGCAGCCGCAACCGCUUGAACUGUGUUGUCAACGAGAUCAAACUGUAUCUUGCGGGUGGCUUGGAGGUUGGGGCUCGCGUUCAGGCGGUGCGUCCCAUCAGCUAUGAUGGCUUCGCGCCUGUUCCGACAGGAUCUGUGGGUACUGUUGUUGGGCCUGCCAUCGAUGAACCCUUGGCCAGAAUAGUUGUCCGUUGGGAUUCCGCAUCACCCACGGGCACACCGCCUGAGCGAGAGGCACAUUCCGACGAUGUGCGGCUUAUGAUAGCCGGAGGCUUUCGACGCGGAGAGACUGUACUAGCUGCCAAGGACCUGCGAGUCAAGGGCAUCGUCGUAGUAAAGCAGAACGUGCUUGGGACGGUUGUGGGGCAGAGCUCGACCGAUCCGGCCGGCCGAGUCACUGUCGCUUUUGCUCGUCGGGAGGAUGGACGCAGCAACAAUCUGAACGUGGUUCCAGCAGAAAUCCAGCACAUGCCGUGCACGGGUGGCUUAGUUCCUGGUGACCGAGUCGCAGCUUUGCGCCAACUACUUGUGGUGCCCAAAGGUGCCCAGGGUGUAGUCGUUGGUCCCUCUUGCUCGCAAUCAAGCCGCGUGGCGGUUCGCUUCAGCUCGCAAGAGAGCAGCGGCGACAAGGAGGGAGGCGAGGACGUUGUCCUCCACGUCGAGCCGGAGGAUUUGAAAGUCCUCAGUGCUGUGGCAGAGGACGUGGACGACGCACUUCAGCCAGACAAGGAAGAUGACACGGAAGAUCCUGGGCCGGCCCUUGCUGGCGGCUACUACCGAGGCGAUGCCGUCGCGGCAACGCGGGAUUUGCGUGUGGGCGGCAAGGUGGUCGUCCGCGCCAACAUCCUCGGUACCGUGAUCGGACCGUCCGGGCAAGAUUUGAGCAGGAUCACGGUCGCCUUCGCUUGGAGGGAAGAUGGCAAGAGCAACAACCUCAAUGUGAUCUCAAGCGAGAUCAGAAGAGUUGACUCCACGUCGGCCGAGAAGGGGGAGAUUUGUGCAAUAUGCUUGGCCGAGCUUGAUGAAGACAGGGAGGAGGACAUCUGCCGCAUGCCUUGUGGACACCUGCUGCACAAGACCUGCGUGACAGCCUACCUCAACCACCAGACACACACGAUGUCGGGCACCACGCCAAUGGCACCUCCAAUGGCACCGCAGUCCUCGGGCUGUGUCACCGUAGUCCCGCUGAAGCCGGCUCAGUGCCCUGUGUGCAGGAAGGAGAUGCUCCCCUGA